ACAGUAAUGACCAACAAACUUGUAUUAGGGGUGUAAUUACCGUUUUUGACAGAAUAUGAAAAUUUGUCCUCAGAUAAAGAAAGGAAUACACGGAAUGAUAUAGGAUCCCUAACAAUAGGACUAUCAGUUGAUUAUAUAUACGUGUACAAGCGUUCUCAUUUUCAUCAGUGCUACCAUAUACAAGUACAGCUGAUAACGUUAUAAAGUUCCGGGACUAAACUGCAUGUCAGAUUGAUUGAUUCAGAUUGAUUUAAAAAGAAACUUAAGUGAGAAAAAAUGUCUUGUGGACAAAAGGAAAUGGAUGAUAGAAAAAUUGCUUUGAUUACGGGUCUAACAGGACAGGAUGGAUCAUAUUUGGCAGAGUUACUGAUCAAGAAAGGUUACGAGGUACAUGGUAUUAUAAGGAGGUCAAGUUCAUUUAAUACAGGAAGAAUAGAACAUUUAUAUACCAAUAAGGCAGCACAUAGUGGUGGAUCUAUGCAUUUACAUUAUGGUGACCUAACAGACAGCACUUGUUUGGUGAAGAUUAUAAGUCAAGUACGACCUUCAGAGAUAUAUAAUCUAGGAGCACAAAGUCAUGUCAAGGUAUCCUUUGAGUUAGCAGAGUACACAGCAAACGUAGAUGCUCUAGGUACGUUACGACUACUUGAUGCAAUCAGGACUUGUGGUAUGUCAGACCAGGUGAAGUUCUACCAGGCAUCAACAAGUGAAAUGUUUGGAAAAGUUCAAGAAAUCCCGCAGAAAGAAACCACACAAUUUUAUCCAAGAUCUCCAUACGGUGUGGCAAAGGUAUACGCUUACUGGAUAGUUAUCAAUUACAGAGAGGCAUACAAUAUGUUUGCAUGUAAUGGUAUACUCUUCAAUCAUGAGAGUCCCAGAAGAGGAGAGACGUUUGUGACAAGAAAGAUAACCAGGGCUGUAGCAAAGAUAACUCUAGGUCAACAAAAGCUACUAGAGUUAGGGAACCUGGACUCUAUGAGAGAUUGGGGCCAUGCUAAAGAUUAUGUAGAGGCCAUGUGGUUAAUGUUACAACAAGAGAAACCUGAAGAUUUUGUUAUAUCAAUGAAUGAAAGUCAUAGUGUGAGAGAAUUCGUUGUUAAAGCUUUUAAAAAAGUGGGUAAAGAUAUAAUAUGGGAAGGUGAGGGUAAGGAUGAAGUAGGAAAGGAUAAAGCUACAGGAGAUGUCCUAGUCAGAAUAAAUCCUAAAUUUUACAGACCUACUGAAGUGGAUUAUCUGCAAGGAGAUUGCAGCAAAGCUCAGAAAAUGUUAGGAUGGAAACACGAAUAUGACUUUGAUAGACUAGUUGGAGAAAUGGUAGAAUCUGAUCUGGACCUCAUGAAAGCAAAUCCAACUGCUUAAAUAUAACACAUCGACAUGUGAUUUCAUUCCAAUAUCAGUGCAACAGAGUUGUUAUAUUGACUGGGGAAUAUACAAAUGGGUUUUAUAGUCAUUAUGUUUUUUUUUUCUAUGUUUUAGCUUCUGAAUCCGUGAUUCGGAUUUUUGUAUUUCAUGUAUGUUUAGGGAAAACAGUGUUACUUUUUUAACUUUUUAUUUGACAUUGUGUUUAUUGUUGGUUUAUUAAUAGUUUAAGUGCCAAGCAUCUCAAGUCCUGGGUGAUAUUAACUAAACCUGGCAAUUUGACCCAUUUUGGAUCUUGAAAGAGACAUGCGUUCAGAUGUACUUCAUCACUGUGUACUUUAUUUAAAUUUGAAUAUUUUUUAAAGUAAGUGUCCCAAAAAAAAAUCAUGAAUAAAUCUUCACCAGCAAAAUUUAUUACUUAUCUUUACGUCAAAAUUUUCUGCAUGAAGAAUACAGCAGUUUAUCUACUUAGUUGGCCUGGGAUUCAGGGGUUGAUAAUUUUUGCUUUUUCAUAACAUACGUGGUAUUUCAUAUGUAUGAGCAAGUCGAUGUUACUGGCCGUUUAGUUUCUGAUAGUUUCUGAUUUGUCGAACAGAAGCACAUGAAGAAUCCACAGACUGAAACCCAGGCUACUACUUCGUAUACAGAUUAUUUUAAUUCAAAUUCAUGUUAAACCUAUGUAUUAAGUAUAUUGUUGUAACAUUGUUAACAAGAAUUUGGUGAAACAGAAAGUAAUUUAAAAGUAUUUAAAAAAAAUAAAUCUGGAGAAGAGUCCGUUUGAUAUUGAUAUUGAUAUCAUUGGCUUAUUAACUUUCCAACUUGUCUUGUUGAUGAUUUAUAUGUUUGUGUGUUACCAUGUGAAAAGGGACAAUCUACCAAAGCAAAAUCUUGUCAAAAUUUGAAAUUAACCAGUGUAAUAAUAUAUAUAUUUCAUAAAGUUUUGGAACAUUGUGUUUUGUAAAUGUAAAUCAAUGAUAUAUAUUUAGAUAGAUUUUUUAUCUUCAGCUUAAAUUUGGCCUCUGUGGCCACAUGGUUCAGGUUCCUGGCUUCAAAUUAUUUGCCCUUUAUUGAUGUGGGUUGGAAACCACACUUGGGGUGUAGAUUUUUGCAUUUGAGGAAGCCUUUCAGCUGGCUUACAGAAAGUCAGUAGUUCUACCCAGGUUCCCAUGUAUACCUGAAACCAUGCCUAGAGGGGUGCAUCUGGGGUCUUCCUCCACCACCAAAAGCUGAAAAGUCGUCAUAAGACCUAAUUAUUGUAUUAUUAUGACAUUAAAUGCAAUAAACAAAAAAGUCAGGAAAAAAGAUAAUCAGAGGGAAAAAGUGUUUCUGAAGUGAUUGUGAUACAGUCCUUUUUCAGCAAUGUCCUUUUUUUUUUCUUUUUUUUUUUUUUUU